GAACAGGUACUAAGAACUCUAAAAAUUACAGUGCAAAGCUGUUUGUUUUUAUAAAAAUGUAUGUUUUCAUGUGUCUGUUUAUUGGCAAUCGGCGUUAUUAGAUAAAACAAUAAAAUGAAAAGCGCGUGCUUUGAGGUCGGCAAAACGAUAAAUUUGUGCUGAUCGAUCCGAAAAAAACAAGAAAUUUCACUGAACAUGAUUGUGUACAAAACAAAUGCGCACCGUGUCGGCUUUGAAUCAUCAUUUUUUGUCACAAGUAUAAAAUCCAAACGCGAGUAUCCGUUUAGCAUCAGUUCAGUGUGGAUUUUUCAACAGUCACCAUGAAGAUUACAUUGACCAUCGCCUCGGUGCUCUUGGCCUUUGCGGUCCUCGAAGCCACCGCUGCCUCCAAAUACGCAGGAACUUGGAACUUCUUCACCAACGAAAAUUCCAACGAAGACUCCGACAGCCAAGAGUACAAUGUAGUUCCCUCCAACCAGGACUAUUACCGCCCCAGCUUGAACAACCUCAACGACAAAUCGGUCAACUCCAACAACUAUUACAGAUACAGCAAUUUGUUGAACAGCAACGAACAGAGCGAGUACGACAAUGAGCGAGAAACGUACAAGCGCAACAACCGAGUGACCAUCGACGACCGCAACGCCGUACUCGGUAACGCGUUGGCCGACAAGGUGUUCGCUUUGGACAAAAUCGUGCACGAGCAACGCCGACAAGAGAACAACAACGUUGGCGCCGUCGACCUGCAAGACCCAUUGGCCGUCGCCAACGUGGCCGUCAAGUCCUCCAAGAAGAACGUCGUGCAGUUCUACAAUGCCCAGAUGACAAACCUCAGGACCGGCGACUUGGAGUACAUGUACAUCAAGCCCGAAGCCGACUUGGUGUACGUGGAAUACAGUUUUGACCAGUUGAGGACCAAAGGCGCGUACAAGUCAGACUUGCCCCAAACCAACGCCGGCGAGUUCACCAUCGCGAUGGACAAUGUCCGUAGCAACGUGACCGCCAGCUUCGGCGCCGGUAAAGCCAUCAUCGUGCCGGCCGCCUACGAGAACGCCGAGUCCACCGUGUUGACCGAGCAAAACACCGAGACCACGUUGCUGGACGGCGCCAUCAAGAAGGCGUUCAUCCGGCAGCUCAACCAAGCCGUGUCCGCCGAAGUGUACAACUCCACCCACAAGGGAUUAUUGUCCCAGCUCAAGGCCGAGAUCACCGCCCCGCUGCGUUCGGUCAACGCCGGACAGAAGGCCAAACUGUACGACAUGAGGUGGACCGAAAGAGAUCUGACCAUCGAGCUGACCGACAUCGGCACCAAGUUCGUGGACCAGACCGCCCAGCGAAUCGGGUCGAUGGCGUACGUCCGCACCAACGCCGGCACGUACAAAACCAAGUACACCGUGGUGCUCGACCAUCUCAAGUGGACCGGAGACUUGACCAUCUCCGAAAACGGACAACGCGCCACUACGGCCAGGUCCGUCCAGUUCAACAUCAACAACGCCAACGUCGAGAUCGUGCUCACCAACACCGACAACCGACUUUGCGGUACGAUCUACGCCAACGCCGAGCUCGACAACGUUGAGUACACGUUGAACAAAGACUUACCGAUUUCCCUGCAAUCCAGAGUCGAACGAGACUUGGCACGCUUCGUCAAACACUCAUUGGAGGAAUACAUGCACAAAUCCCUUGAACAACGCUUGUGCGACAGACAAAACUAGAAACGCCACCUCAAACAUGACCAACAGCUGCUGCAAAAUUGCAGAAUAUAAUUCAGAAUCGAUGAUUUUUUUCUAUUAGGUUUAACGAAUUUGCUCAGUUUUCCUGAGCGUUAUUGUUACUAUAUAAUGCUAUUAAUAGGUAUUUGCAUGAUUUUUCUAAUAUAACGUUCUUAUUCAUAUCAAUAUUAUGUUAUGUUACCUACUGUUUAUUAAUUAAUUAUUUCAUUAGCACCCGCAAUGAUUCCUCGAGAACAAGAAAACGUGUAAAACAAAAACGAUAACGACCUAAAGUUAUUAUCAUUUAGAUAUGUUGUACACGUGCACCUAUAUAAUUUACACAUUGUUACGCUAUUUUAUUAAUUAAGUUUCAAUAAUGUUUGACUGUGUA